GCCGCGCGCUGCUCAGAACUGUCGUAAAAGGGGGCGGGGCUCGCCGCGCUCGGAGUGACGUAGCGUUGGGAGCGUCGCUCGCGUCGGCGGCUGGUGGGUGCUGGGGCCAUGGAUCGCUAUGCGGGCGCCUUCGAGGAGGCGGCGGAUGGGACUCGGCAGCAGGAGCGUCACUACCAACUGCUGUCGGCGCUGCAGAGCCUGGUCAAGGAGCUGCCCAGCUCUUUCCAACAGCGCCUGUCCUACACCACGCUCAGCGACCUGGCCCAGGCGCUCCUCGACGGCACUGUGUUCGAGAUCGUGCAGGGGCUGCUGGAGAUCCAGCACCUCACCGAGAAAAGCCUGUACAACCAACGCCUGCGGCUGCAGAACGAGCACCGAGUGCUUAGGCAGGCACUGCGGCAGAAGCACCAGGAAGCCCAGCAGGCCUGCCGACCCCACAACUUGCCUGUGCUCCAGGCAGCCCAGCAGCGUGAGCAGGAGGCAAUGGAGCACCGGAUCCGUGAGGAGCAGCGGGCAAUGGACCAGAAGAUCAUCCUGGAGCUGGACCGGAAGGUGGCGGACCAACAGAGCACACUGGAGAAGGCAGGGGUUGCUGGCUUCUACGUGACCACCAACCCACAGGAGCUGACACUACAGAUGAACCUGUUGGAACUCAUCCGGAAGUUACAACAAAGGGGCUUCCAGGCGGGGAAGGCAGCCCUGUGACCAGGUGGGGUCCCUGCCAGUUACCCACUGCCCAUCCUGGCUGGGAAGACAGCCCUGUCCCACUGUCACCACAGGUAGCAAAACACUAAGGAAUUCGUCUUCCUGACAUCUGGCUACCACCUUCCCAGGUGCCUGCAGGAAGGGUCACCCCUCUGAGGAGAGGCAGGAUGGACCCAGGAGAGGCUGUGUCUGCCCCACCUUGGUAUGGGUUUUUAUGUCUAAAGCUAGAGUGGAAGGGAGAGUGGGCCCAGCCUGCUGGCUCUCUGCCUCAGAGCUGGGCACAGGGUAGGGAUAGGGGUCCUGGCACCUCACUCCACCAAGCACAUCUCGACCUCUGCCAAGCCCUAGGCUUUGUGCUUAUUUUGGUCUCAGCCCCUCUCUUGGUAGGUGCAGCCCCCAAGUAGGAGAGGCUUCAUGGCCCAAACCCUGUGUGAGCCAGAGAAAUAAAGCUGCCUCAGUGUGGCCUGCAA